GAUUCGCCAUUUGCGAUAGCCCUUAUUUUCAAAAAUGUACAAGGAGAAGAUUUUGGUCAUCUUGCUGCUGGUCCUGAUGACAUCCCACUUGCCCUUUCCAAGGAUGACGUUGGAUUUCCUGGUGAACGACCGCCACUGACCGACAAGAACAAAACCGAUCCGGGAAACUUGGGCAAAAGCCUCGGUCCUGUGUAUCCAUCCGUGAAU